ACACCCUCUUCUUUCCAUUUAUCACAUAAGUCUCUUGAUGUAUAUGGAAAUGUCUCCUCUUCGAAGAGCUUAAUCCAAAUUAGUAGAAAAAAAGAACGAGAGAGAGAGAAAAGGCUUGAGAGUGAAUGUGAGUCUAAAAAGCCAAGAGAGCGUGAUAAAAGACAAGAGUGUGAGGUGCAAAAGUCAAGAGAGAGUGGUGGGGGUGAGAGAAAAGAAAAAUAUCAAAUGAGAGAAAAACCACAAGCACAAGUGAGUAAAGGGUGCUUGUUAGAUUCUAAGGUCAACCUUGGGUGGGCACCAAAUGAUCCUUUGCCUCUUGCCCUUGGUGAGGAAACUAAACCCUUACCCACUAACACUUCUUCUAUGUCUUUUUGUGUUCAUGAAUUUGUAGGAAAUUUAAUUGAAGGCAUGGAAGUGAGGCAUCAUGUUGUACAUGGCUUGGAAACUACUCACCCGGAGAAGGAACAAGAGGAACGAGGGCAAGUGGAUGAACUCCUUGCCCAAGGUGUACGGAAUCCGGAUUUGAGGGCAAAUCCUUUCCAAGAAGGGGAGGAUGAUAUGACCACGGGUGCUCGACGUCAAGGGUCCUCCCUUCGGCGUGAACCAUGGGUUGAUUGGGGCCCAAGGAUGAAAGAGAAGACAUGCCAAGGAUCCAAUAAAUCUAGAGGGCCUCCCGAGGAUGCGAGGAAUAGAGAAG